GGCGGGUGGAUUCACGGCAGCCGUCUCGAUCUGCUCGCCAAAAACCUCAAGAUCACGUUUCAAGCGGGCAGCACCCUGCUCAAUCCUCGUACCUGAUCAUCUGAAAAGACAGGUGCUGCUGCAGCGAGUGAGAUGUGGCAAUUGCAGUCAAAUAUCUUGGACCUACUGCGGUCCUUGUGACCUCGUUGUCUCCCGCUACCCUCUAUGAUGACAUCAACUCUGUCGCGCUGUCUGGUGGCGACGCGAAGAAACGCAGGCGUGCAGACCCAUGCUGCUCUCUCUUUUGCCGCUAUGGGCUCUCGUUCCACUGCUUGUACAUAUCUCCGCUUUUCCAUCCGUCCCCCAAGAGUAUCAAUUUCAGAUGACGACUUUCCUGGUCGGCUGCAAUGCGGGCACAUCGAUGGAUCCGAUCACAAUCAGCUUGCCUCGAACGGCCGUCAGAGCUAUGGUGAUGCCGCCCGUCCGGACCGAUGGGCCAUGGUCGCUAGAGGAGCCACGCCAAACCCAAAUGGCGAGAUCAAGGUCAUCGAGGCCUCCAAUAACGGGAUCAUUCUUUUCCUUGCGUUCUUCACUAGACCGUACGGUCGACCUUUCACUGAGCUUACCUCCUGCUGCUCAGUCGAGAUGGUUUAUACUCUCUAUAUAAAUCCGACCAGUCUCCGUGUAGUGGAACUCUCACAAGAGCAUCCGACGCUCUACUGUGGUGCAUCCGAACCGAAAGCACGCGCUGCUCCUCGCUGUACACCCGAUCGUAUCGGCUAUGCCAAGCCUAGGACUGUCUGCCAAGGACACUGGGACUUGACCACCAUCACACCGUCCACAGAGGUCUCGCAAUUUGUGUCGAUUGAGGGAAGAGGCUCUGCCGAGUGCAAGAUGACCACCUUGCAUCCAGAUAUCAAUCGCGUCGCCCUGCUGGCUACAAACGUCUCGCCCAUGAAGACCGGCAUCAUCGUUAAGCUUCGCCUCGGCUCAUCUCCCAGAUGGAUGCCCGUUCUCCAACCUCGAGGACCUGAUGACAAGACUGUGAUGACCAUCAGCAGUGUCGGUUCAUAUAAUGACCUCGUCUCUGUGCGCAUCACCAUGCCAGUAGAAAUCAAUCCGCUGUCGGAUGCCUACGCCAUGUUUAAGCGAUGCUGCACCGGUCUCGACAGUAUCACAUUGACCUUGGACAUGGGAUCGAAGACGGCUCGGCUUAAGCAAGAGUCAAAGGAUUUUGCUCUCUCUUGCAUGAGUCAAGAGGAAGCAACGAAGAGCCAGCAGGAUGAUUACCAGAACGCCUGCUUUCUCACCGAUAUCGGCAAACCGCCCCGCAUCACACCAUGUACAGGCCAAUCAAGCUUCACCGUCGUGUUUUCGCCAGCAGACCAUGCGAAUCAAUGAACGCAUGUGCUCGGAGGCUUCCUAUACCUGCCUCGAGCACGCGGACCAUGCCGAUCAAUGAUUUCCCAUGUCUUAUGCGCUGCAUCGUACUUGAUAGCAAGGCUGCAUUGUCAUA